AGGAGGAGACCCCUCCGCACGCCGCCGGGGAGCGCGGUUCGGCGGCGCCGCGGUUUCUUUGCCCCGUCUCCCGUUGCUCUCCCGUGCUUCGCGUGCUCGCUGCGUCGGCCCGGGCGGAGCAGAUGAGAAUCCGCGUUUGGAGCGGCUCGGCGGUGACGAUGUCGGGGAAGAGCGCGGCAUGGCUGCAGGAGGAGCUGCAGGGCGGCGCGGCGCUGCUCCUGCUGGACCUCCGCUCCCACGACCUGUACGAGUCCUCCCACAUCCACACCUCCAUCAACCUGGCCAUCCCCGGCCUCAUGCUCCGCAGGCUCAAGAAGGGCAACCUGCCCCUCCGCUCCAUCAUCCCCAACCACGAGGACAAGGAGCGCUUCGUCCGGCGGUGCAAGACGGAGGUGGUGGUCCUCUACGACGAGCAGGGCUCCGGAGGGCGGCACGAGGCCGGGCCGGGGAGCUCCGUGCUGGGCCUGCUGCUGCACAAGCUCCGGGAGGACGGAUGCAAGGCGUUCUACCUGGACGGGGGCUACAACAAGUUUCAGUCUGAGUACCCGGAGCACUGCGAGACCAACCUAGACUCCUCCUGUCCCAGCAGCUCUCCGCCAGCCUCUGUUCUGGGGCUUGGUGGUCUACGCAUCAGCUCCGACUGCUCAGAUGGCGAAUCAGACCGUGAGCCAGGCAGCGCCACAGAGUCAGAGGGGAGCCCACUCCCCAACAACCAGCCAGCCUUCCCGGUCCAGAUCCUGCCUUACCUGUACCUGGGCUGUGCCAAAGACUCCACCAACCUGGACAUUCUGGGAAAGUACAACAUCAAGUACAUUCUAAAUGUCACUCCCAACCUGCCAAACAUGUUUGAACACCAGGGCGACUUCAAGUACAAACAGAUCCCCAUCUCAGACCACUGGAGCCAGAACCUAUCCCAGUUUUUCCCCGAUGCCAUCUCCUUCAUUGACGAGGCGCGGUCCCAGAAGUGCGGCAUCCUGGUCCACUGCCUGGCGGGCAUCAGUCGCUCGGUAACGGUCACCGUGGCGUAUCUGAUGCAGAAGCUCAACCUGUCGCUCAACGACGCCUAUGACUUUGUGAAGCGUAAGAAGUCCAACAUCUCGCCCAACUUCAACUUCAUGGGUCAGCUCCUGGACUUUGAGCGGACGUUGGGUCUGAGCAGCCCCUCCUCCCCCCUGCCUCACCAGCAGCUCUUCUUCACCACACCCACCAAUCACAACGUCUUUCAGCUGGAUACACUGGAGUCCACAUGAGGAAAACCAAAACACCGCCCACGCCCCUCCCCUCCCCCCCAGGAUGACCCCUUUCCCUGGCGGGGGAUGGCGACCAUGUUGUUGCCGUGGUAACAAUGGUGGCUUUGCGACCGGGAGAAGUGCCCGGUUGUUUUUCGUGAAUGGUUUUGGGUCUCUGGCGGCUCGCUGAUUGACUGACCAUGGAGCGUGGCGUUGGAGGGACAGGUGAGGUCAAGUCAGCAAGCGAAGGGUUAAGGUGGAAUGCCAAAGCUUUAUUUGGUUGUUUGAUUUUUUUCAUGGGGGAGGCCGCCGGCAGUUGGCGGAACGGCGGCUUGUCUGAAGCCUUUGAGGUGGAAAGAAGAAGCCUCCAUUAGUUUGUCUUGGGACCGGAUCAUCAGAUAACGGCGCGAGCCGGAGAAAGGGAACCGACUGAUAAACUGGGUGUAGACUGACGUAGGACAGAAAGCUUCAUACAAAGACUGGAAGGUGGAAAAUGACAGUGCUCGAUUUCGGAGACGACAAAGUCCUCUCUGUUUUUUUUCCCUCGGGGUUCUCGAGCUGAGCUGACUGGUGCCAAGUGGAGAAUCUCACUCCACCGAAUGUGGAGUUUUUCAAAACCAAGGCAUUAACUCCUACAGACACACACCAACAAGUACAUGUAUUAGUACCGUGUGUGUGUUUGUAACAUGCAGAACAUGUAUAGGCAGUCCUGAAGAAAUGAAUAUGUCUAUAUGCAUUUUUGUAUAUUUUGUGUAACCUUGCACACAAAUGUAACUUUAUAUAUGUAUACUUCUAAAGUUCUUUAUCUUUGUCCAAAACCAUAGAGUAACCCAAUCCCAUUGCUUAAGAGAUUGUGAAACUAAAGGAAGGGCGAAGGCUAGCUAGGCAAACAAAAGAGGAUGUUGUGGUAUUACUAGUUGUCUGUUUCUUUUUGUAGUUUUUCUUUUUUUCUCCUAGGUUGGAAAUGACCUAAUGCAGUUUGCACA